GGGGCAGUAGACCAUUUUCACAGAGCCAAACCGGAAGUUGAAAGGACUAUGAAAGUCAAACUGUAGCAUGGUGGUGAGCGUUUUCACAUAACCUACAGGGAAAAUGUCUUUGUACACUUUAUUCAGGAUAGUAACGUUAUCCAAAGGUAUCGCAAACAACGCCACAACGUCGCUGUGCAGAACGAGCGCUCUGAACAGAAUACAGACAUGUGGAUAUGCUAAGAAAGUUGUGGUCAAACUUAAAGGCAAAGGGAUGAUGAAACAGGAUCUGCAAGGUCCCGAGGUUUGUACAGACCCCGUCAGACUCACUACUCAUGCAGUAGGGGCCAACAUAUUCAAGCAAGGAGAAGACCCCCAGCUGAAACCUCAUGACCAAUAUCCAGAGUGGUUGUUCGAGUUGAACCUGGGAAAGGCCAAAACGCUGAACGAGAUAGACCCGGACACCUGGGGAUACUGGAAGCGCCUGAGGAAGGAGAAUAUUUGGCGUAAUAACAAACUGAAAAAAGGGAAGAAGUUUUAACUCUCACUGGACUGACCGAUCACUUCUUCCUGUUCAUUGGGUUGCUUCUCUCUGGACUGAAUUAACUGACAUAGUAUACGUUCAGAGCCAGAGUUCCUGAAUGCCACUUUAAGUGUGUUGAUUAAAAUCAUGAAGAAUCUUUAAUGGCACUCUGGUGACAAUACCUGAAAGCUAUAAAGUACAAAAAUACAGGAACUUUCUGAACCAAAACUGAAUAACACAAGAAUGGUGACCUUGGAAAUUUGAGUGGCUGAAACAACCCCCCCCCCCCCCCCAACUUCUUCAGCAGACGCCAUUUGCUCAGUUGUGAUGACAUUUUAACAUUCACAUUUCAUAGAUUGUGUGAUACAAUCAAAACUCACAAACUGCGUGAAGUGAAGCUUGUGUUACAUUCUUGUCAAUUUCAAAAAGGUAGUUAUACAUUCUUUGCUUCCAGGAUUAUGCAUUGCAUUUAAAUAAAUUGUAUGUAUAAAACACA